CACUUUUUGCUGGCGCCAACAAUUUGCAUAAUUAAAGCGUCGUUCAGAUAGUGAAAAGCAGAUAACGCGAGCUACAGAGCAGCAUGCUUUAAGUGGCCAGCCGAGAUAGAUUUUAGCAAUGCAGGAGACAAACAUGGCCCAGAGACAGCUGGACGAGAGCGUUUCGCUGAAUGAGACGCUGCUCAAGGACUUGGAGAUAACGCGUGGCGACAUUCAGGAUUUCGUAAAGCUGCUCUUCGACUUCCAGAAGAAGAAUCAAACGCAACAGGACGAAUGCCAAGGCUACUGUCAGGGCGAAAUCUACACCUGGCUGCGUGCGUACAAUGGCAUCCACGGCUACGUCUCGCUAUUGAUUUGCAUAUUCGGGACAAUAGCCAACAUACUAAACAUAAUGGUGUUGACCAGAAAGGAAAUGGCCAAGGCGCCCAUUAACAACAUAUUGAAAUGGCUGGCAGUUGCUGAUAUGUUUGUGAUGCUCGAGUACAUACCCUAUACGACAUAUCAAUACAUCUAUAUGAAGCCAGGCGAGAAGGAUUUGAGCUACGCAUGGGCUGUUUAUUUGCUGGUCCACAUGCACUUCACACAGAUUCUGCACACGAUUUCGAUUGGCUUGACUGUUACCCUGGCUGUUUGGCGCUACGUGGCCAUCAGCAAACUAUUUCCAUCUCUAAUCCACAGACAUCCGAAUGGCAGCUGCGCCAAUUUUCUGCUCGCACAUUCCAGGGAGGCGAUUCUCUUCCCCUUCAUCGUCUCGCCCAUUCUCUGUUUGCCCACGUACUUUGUGUUCAAGGUGCGCGAGACACACGAGAUGGACACCAAAGAGCACGAGGCCAUGUAUCAUGUGUACUUCGACACGGACUCUAUGCUAUUUAGAUUCAACUUUUGGAUACAUUCCGUGAUAAUUAAGCUGCUUCCCUGCUUCAUUCUAACCGUUAUCAGUCUGGUUCUGAUGCACGUUCUGUGCGAAGCUUCGCGAAGGCGUCUCAAGCUGAAGGACUACGACAAUCCCACCAAAUACGCCAUUCAGCUAAAUCUCAAUGAAUCAAAGUCUAGGCGACCUCCGCGCUGUGAUCGCCGCAAUGAUCGAACCACUCUCCUCCUGGUGGCUGUGCUGAUACUCUUCCUGGUCACGGAGUUUCCGCAGGGUCUGCUGGGCCUGUUGUCUGGCGUGCUGGAGAAGUGUUUCUUCGCCCAUUGCUAUCCGCCCUUCGGGGAGCUGAUGGACCUGCUGGCACUCAUCAAUGCGGCUGUGGGCUUCGUGCUCUACGGACUCAUGUCCAAACAGUUUCGCACCACGUUCCGGUCUCUGUUCUUCAAGCGUCACUUCGGCAGCAGCGAGAUGACGCGCCUCACUCGAGUGACCACCACCUGUGUCUAGAAGCGGCUGAACAGACGCUGGUCGAGAAGUAGUUAGACAUAGAUGAUGACAGAUGUUUCGCUUGAGAUU